AUGGGAGCAUUGCGUGGUCAACACCUGAUCAUCAUUCAGUGCGUCUUGGCUGCCACCUGUCAAGGAAUUCAUGAGAUAGAGAGAGCCACGGUAUAUUGGGAUGCUACCCAGAAGUCAGUUUAUUUGAGAAAAGGUGUCAUGGACAGCAUGGGGGAUGCCUAUGGAUACUUCAAUGACAGCUUGUCCAUCACUGGCUGGAGUGUGCUAGAAAUAAAAGCUGGGUACGGAAAGAUCCGCCACUCAGAUGAGGUCACCUUUUUCAUAGCUGGAUACCUGGAAGGUCACCUCACUGCUCAGCAGAUGUUCAGUCAUUACAUCAACAUGUACCCUCAGCUGAUAAAGGACAAGCGAGUCCUGGCACCCUUGAGACAUUUUCUGAGAGAGCAAGACGCAUGGACUAGAGAGCAAGUGAGGCAGAACAAGAAUGACCCCCUGUGGCAGCAUGCAGGACUGGUCAUUGCCCAGUUGGACGGGCUCCAAGCAGGCGCAGCGGACUGGGCAAAAAACCAGCAGAGGCAGUCGCUGUCUAUGUUUGCCAUACAAUUCCUCAAUGCAGUUGGAGACCUGCUGGACUUGGUCCCGAUCUUGAGAUCACGCAGAUUCAACCUCUCCGACUUAUUCAGCAAGCCAACCAUGGGUCACUGUUCCGUUCUCAUCAAGAUGUUACCAGGCUAUGAAAACCUCUUAUUUGGUCACUCGAGCUGGUAUACAUACGCUGCCUCCAUGCGCAUCUACAAGCACUGGGACCUUAGACUGUCCAGUUCAGACGUAGCCACGGGCAAGAUGUCCUUCAGCAGCUACCCUGGCCUUCUGACGUCGCUCGACGACUUUUACCUGCUGGGCAGCGGGCUGCUCAUGACGCAGACCACAAACAGCGUCUACAACAACUCGCUCUUCUCCUCCGUGACGCCACAGAGCUUGCUGGCAUGGCAGAGGGUGCGCUUGGCUAACGCCAUGGCACGGACUGGUGAACAGUGGGCUAAUAUUUUCUCAAAGUAUAACUCAGGCACCUAUAAUAACCAGUACAUGGUGGUAGACCUGAGCAAAGUGACGUUGGGCAGAAAGAUUGAUGAAGGGGCUCUGACUGUGGUCGAGCAGAUCCCUGGUCUGGUGGUUUCCUCAGAUCAGACCCAGGCUCUCCGACAAGGAUACUGGGCGUCCUACAAUGUGCCCUUUCAUCAGGACAUCUACAACCUGAGUGGCUAUGAGCUGAUGUGGAGCCAGCUGGGAGAAGACUACUCCUAUGAUCUCUGCCCAAGAGCCAAGAUCUUCCGCAGGGAUCAGGGCAGAGUCCUUAGCUGGGCCUCUAUGAAGCAUAUCAUGCGAUACAAUAACUACAAAAAGGAUCCAUAUGCCAAGGGACACCCCUGCAAAACCAUCUGCUGCCGCAAUGAUUUAAGGAUUAGGAGACCGCAUCCCACAGGCUGUUAUGACACUAAGGUGACCGACUAUCUCCAUGCGCAGAAAUUUGUCGCUGAAGCAGUGAGUGGACCCCCCACACAGGGUGGACUUCCCCCCUUCUCCUGGGAACGCUUCAACCGCACCACCCACAUGGGCCUUCCACAGAUGUACAACUUCAGCUUCGUUACCAUGCAGCCCCUUCUGUUCCUACCCUGACCUAGUCCACUAUACACGCCAGCUCCCAAUGGCCCAUCUCAUGGAAGACAGACACAUUACA